CGACAAGUCGAAAAGCCCUGCAAGUAGCAGCCGCAGUAUAAGCGAGUAUUCUUACUGUGGCAGAAGCAAGCACGCAUUAGCAGCAAGCAAGCGCAGCCGCCCCUUGACAAUAUGGCCACCCUCCGUCGUGCCGCGCUGCUGCUAGUGGCGCUCUUCGCUGCUGUCAGCGUUGUCAAUGCGCAGGAAGCAGCGCAGAAGCGGAAUCCCGCAAACACCGCCGCUUCUACCGGCAGCGGCCCGGCGGUGGACAUCGCGAUCCAGGCCCUGAAUGCCACGGGUGUGUCGGGCAAGCUGAACGCCUCCACCGUGGCCACCAUCUUCGCGCCCGACGACGCCGCCUUCAUCUCCCUGGCCUCCAGCCUCAACUUCACCAGCCGCGAGCAGGUCUUCGCAAGCCCCUUCGCCACCAACGUCACGCUGCUGCACAUCAUCCCGGGUGUGGCUCUGCGCAGCACCGACCUGCCUGCGGGCCAGACCGUGAACGCCAGCUCGCUACUGGGCCCCACCCUGGAGGUCACCCGCAACGGGAACGCCGUGCGUGUGGCUGUGGCCGGCAACCCCAACAGCAGCGCUGAGGUCAUUAAGGCCGACAUCCCCUUCAAUGCGGCGAUCGUGCACGUGAUUAACAAGGUUCUGCUGCCGCCCUCCACCACCGCCCCGGCCGCUGCUGCUUCCCCGUCGCCUGUGACUGCCGCCCCGUCCCCCAUCAUCCUGGCACCCGUGCCCGGCGGCACAGCGAAUGAGACCACCGUUGGCGGCGGCGGCAACUACACCGGCGGCGCCUACAACACCACAAACGCCACCACCGGCGGUGUGUAAGACACUAGCACCUGUGUCACUGGACUGAUGUUGUGACGAAAGGCAAGGGGACCGAAGAAAGUUGUUGCUGCUGGCAUGGACUAAGGCAUGCGUAUGGCGGAUGCGCAGACUGCAUGCCGCCCAGUGAGUUGAAAAUGAUUGUUCACGUCAUGCAUGGUGCAUGUGGCUAGAGUCGGGUUAGUCGUGGGGUGCGUGUCUGGUGGGCGGUGUUGCUGGCGACCACGAAGGUGGCGAGAGCGAUCCCCCGCCCUGCAUCUGAAUGCAAGCAAACUGAUGGUCGCGAUGGCUUGACACGCCGUACAUUACCGUCGUGGGAUGCGUGGGGUUUUAUGGGAAAGGAGGUGGUUAUGAGCACACGUCUGCAGCGUCACGUACACAUGGCGCACAAGCAAGCUGCGGCGCGGAGUGGUUAGGCGUGGUGGCAUGCCCAGCAAAAAGCAAGUUGCAGUUGUAAAGCCCCGCCGCC